AAAACCAACCUUCUUUUUGUCUACUUUGGAGACUUUAGACCUGGGUUUUGUUUUGUUUGCCUUUAUAUGGGUUGCCACCUCCCUCUCCUCUGGCCCCAUUAACAACAAUUUGGUCGUGAAUUUCUCUCCUCCCUCCACAAAGCCAAAACAAACAUGGUGCUUCCACCUAGAAGAUCAAACUUUCCUUCUGAUCACUUCGAAGAUCUCUCUCUCCCUACAAACAUGGCGCCACCACCUAGAAGAUCAAACUUUCAUUCUGAUGACUUCGAAGGAAGAUAUACGCCACCAACACACUACUCGUUAAAAAUUCAAUCAUUCUCGCUGCUUUCCAAAUCCUCUGUAGACAAAUACACUUCAGAUAAAUUCGAAGCAGGGGAUCACAAAUGGAAAUUAACCAUAUACCCAAACGGGAACAAGAAGAGAGGAGCGAAAGGUCAUAUUUCCAUCUAUGUGGGAUUAGUUGAUACAAGUUCUCUUCCUGCUGGUUGGGAGGUUAACGCGAUAAUCAAUAUGUUCGUACAUGAUCAAAUUCAAGACACGUAUCUUUCUCUAUCAGGUGGAAAGGUGACGCGUUUGCACGCAAUGAAAACAGAAUGGGGCAUUGCCGACUUCAUUGACCUUGAUGAAUUUAGCGACCCUUCAAAUGGGUUCCUCAUCAACGACACCUGUGUGUUUGGGGUCGAUAUUUUUGUCCUCAAACAAACAAGCAAAGGAGAGUGCUUGUCGUUGUUGGACGAACCUGCAACCGGUAAACAUACUUGGAAGAUCAAAUCUUUUUCAAACCUUGCGCUUGACCGUUACGAGUCUGAAGCAUUCACUGUUGGAGAUCAUAAAUGGAAGAUUCGGAUCUAUCCUCGCGGAAACGGCGAUGGCAGGGGCAAUAGCGUUUCAGCGUUUCUAGCAUUGGACGAUUCGACUCUUCCACCUGAUACGAGAGUCUUCGUGAAAUUCAUCCUUUGUGUAAUCGCCCAAAAUCAAACAAAAGAUUCUCGCGUUGAGCGUGAAAUUGAUAAUCAUUUUGGACCUUCAAACUUGGUCUUUGGUUCUCCAAAGUUCAUCUCACUUGCUAAACUCAAUGACCCAACCAAGGGAUUCUUGUUGGACGACACCUGCACCAUUGAAUCACAGGUUACUGUGCUUGGAACAGUGGCCACAGCAUCUUAAAAAUAUCUCUCCAAAUUUAUUCUAAUAUUGUACGUAGCAGGAUAAAGAUGGAUGAUAAUAAUUCAGGGUCCAUAUUACAAUGGUCUUCUGCUAAAUUAACAUGUGUAACUACAAAUGCAAAGAGAAACAAACGACUCUAUUAAGUACUCUAGUCAAAAUUUGUUCUCAGAUUGCCAAA